AUGCCAGUAGAAGUCAAGCGAGCUCCUUCUUUCACAGAAAAGCCUGAAGUUCCUGAAACCCCGGAGACAACUGAUGCUGUUUUCAGAUGCAAAGUUGAUGGGUUCCCUAAGCCUACCAUCACAUGGAACAAAGGCUGGAAGCAAAUCAAACCAGCAGGCCGCUUCUCCAUUACAUUUGAUGAGGAUACAGAAGAGAGCAUUCUCACAAUCGAGGAUACAACCUCAACAGAUGCUGGCAAGUACACCUGCUACCUCAAGAGUCCCCUCGGCCAAGACAGUGCUUCAGUAAGUCUUAAAAUCACAGAAAAACCCAAAGAGGAGAAAGCAGAGCAAGUGACUGUAGAACAGAUGGAGGAGGUUGAUGUUCUUGCUGAUGUGUCGAAACCUGAAGAAGUCAUCCCUGAGGUUAUGCCUGUUGAAGGUCCGGAAGAGACGGUUCCUGAAAAGAGACCAUCAGUUAAAGAAGCUCCUGAGGAGGUCAAGAUGGUGCUUAAGCCUCAAGUUUCCUUGGAUGCUGUUUCAGAAGAGAAACUUGAAAUUGCAGGAGUUGCCAAAGUUCCCAAAACGGAAGAAGUUGAGAUCCUUAUUGAGACUGAAAAGCCUGAGGAAGUAGUUGUGGAGGUUGAAGAAGCUCCCACAGAGGUAACUCCUGAAAGAAAGCCAGCUGUGAUCGCCGUGCCUGAAGAGAUAGUGACCAAAAUUCCCAAGGCACAAGUGGCAAUGGAAGCGGUCACUGAGGAGCAGCUAGAAACAGCAGUCGUGGCAAAGUUCACUCCUCAUGAAGAGGAGGAAGUGGAGAUUCUGGCUGAGAUCAAGAAACCUGAGGAGGUCAUCCCAGCUGUUGUUUCUAUUGAGGAAGCUCCUGAGGAAGUAGAAACCAAAAGGAAGCCAGCAUUCAUUAUUGCCUCAGAAGAGGAGCUCACAAAGAAGCCUAAGGCAAAAGUUGCACUUGAAGAUGUCACAGAAGAGAAGUUGGAAACUGCAGUCAUGGCCAAAGUGAAACCUCGUUCAGAAGAACAGGUGCAAUUCCUUGCUGCAGUCCGGAAGCCUGAAGAAGCUGUUCCAACAGAGGAGGAGGCUCCCGAAGAGGUAACACCAAAGCUGAAGCCUGCCAUCAUAUCUGCUCCAGAGGAACUGGUUACUCCAGCACCUGUAACUCAGGAAUACCUGGACAUCGUUACUGAGGAGGAAUUAGAAACUGCAGUCACCAAAGUUGCUCCUCAACCUGAGGAUGAGGCUGAUUUGCUUCCAGCUGUUGAGAAAAUCACUCCAGUCGAAGCUGUUGAAGAACUUGCCCCAUCUGAGGUGACCCUUGAUGUUUCUGAGAAGCCAGUAACAAUCAGAGGCAUGCCUGAGAAGGAAGUCCUCCCUGAAGAGCUUCUUGAAGCAGAGGCUUUCCCUGAAGAGGAAAUUGAGAAACAUGAGGCAGUUGAGGUGGUUGUGGAAGAAGAGGAGAAGGUGGAAGAGAUGCCAGUUGCACCUGUAAUCAUUGACCAAUUCAAGAGCAAGAGUACCAAGGAAGGGAAACCAGUGAAGUUCACUUGCACAGUGACUGGAACACCGAAGCCUGAGAUCAAGUGGUUCUUAAACAAAGAACUUCUUGAAGCAAGUACUCAUUUCAUCCAAACCUUUGAGGAAGACGUAGCCGUACUGACAAUUGAACAUCCUAAACCCAAGGACACCGGUGAAUACAAGUGUGUGGUUAUCAAUACCGCAGGAGAAGAUGUCUGCACUGCCAAACUGACUGUGACAGAAGUCAGACGAGGGCCCUCAUUUAUUGAGAAACCAGAGGUGGAAGAUGCACCAGAAGGAACUGAGGCCAUCUUCCGAUGCAAGGUUGAUGGUUUCCCCAAACCCACAGUGACUUGGAACAAAGGUUGGAAACAGAUCACAACAGGAGGAAAAUUCACCAUUACCUUCGACGAGGACACUGAGGAAAGUGUCUUGACCAUCAAGGAUACAACACCCUCCGAUGCUGGGAAGUACACUUGCUAUCUUAAGAACCCUCUUGGACAGGAGACCUCCUCUGUGAGUCUUAAAGUCACUCCUAAGCCAGAAGAGAAACCCAAGGAGGAAGAAAUCACUCCCAAACCAGAAGAGAAGCCUGAAGAGGAAGCACCAGUCCAGGAGGUUGAGCAAGUCGAAGAGAUUUUCGAGGUUUCCAAACCGGAAGAGGUUUCUCCUGAAGAGGUAACUGUUGAGGAGGUAGAAGAAGUUCCUGAAGAGAAACCUGAGGUUUCAGUUGCCAAACUUGACAUUGAAGCAGUAACAGAGGAAAAGGCUGAGACAGAAGUAGCAUUCAAGGUCAAGCCUCAUGUCAAAGAAGAAGUUGUUCUUCCAGUUACCACUGAGUUUGAGGAAAUCUCCAUAGAAGUUGUCCCAGAAGAGGAAACCAAACCAGAGGAAGUUCCUGAGAGGAAACCAGCCUUCACUGUGAGUUCUGAAGAGGAGGUCACCAAGGUUCCAAAAGCUAAAGUGUCUGUGAAGGCUGUAACUGAGGAGCAGGUGGAUUCAGCAGUUACUGCCAAGUUUAAGCCUCGCAAAGAGGAAGAGGUUGAAGUGCAAGCUGCUUUCAAGAGGCCAGAAGAGGAAGAAAUCCCGGAGGCUAUUCCCAUCGAAGAAGAAGCUGCUCCUAAGCCUGCGACAACCUUUGCUGAAGAAAUUGCCCCAUCUGAGGUGACUCUUGAUGUAUCUGAGAAGCCAGUAACAAUCAGAGGCAUGCCUGAGAAGGAGGUCCUCCCAGAGGAGCUUCUAGAAGCAGAGGCUUUCCCUGAAGAAACAGUUGAGAAACAUGAGGCAGUUGAGGUGGUUGUGGAAGAAGAGGAGAAGGUGGAAGAGUUGCCUAUUGCACCUGUUAUCACUGACCAAUUCAAGAGCAAGAGUACCAAGGAAGGGAAGCCAGUGAAAUUCACUUGCACAGUGACUGGAACACCGAAGCCUGAGGUCAAGUGGUUCCUAAACAAAGAUCUUCUUGAAGCAAGCACUCAUUUCAUCCAAACCUUUGAAGAAGAUGUAGCCACACUGACAAUUGAACACCCUAAACCCAAGGACACUGGUGAAUACAAGUGUGUGGUCAUCAGUAGUGCAGGGGAAGAUGUCUGCACUGCCAAACUGACUGUGACAGAGGUCAGAAGAGGCCCAUCAUUUGUUGAGAAGCCAGAGGUUGAGGAUACGCCUGAAGGAACUGAGGCCAUCUUCCGAUGCAAGGUUGAUGGUUUCCCCAAACCCACAGUGACUUGGAACAAAGGUUGGAAACAGAUCACAACAGGAGGAAAAUUCACCAUUACCUUCGACGAGGACACUGAGGAAAGUGUCUUGACCAUCAAGGAUACAACACCCUCCGAUGCUGGGAAGUACACUUGCUAUCUUAAGAACCCUCUUGGACAGGAGACCUCCUCUGUGAGUCUUAAAGUCACUCCUAAGCCAGAAGAGAAACCCAAGGAGGAAGAAAUCACUCCCAAACCAGAAGAGAAGCCUGAAGAGGAAGCACCAGUCCAGGAUGUUGAGCAAGUUGAAGAGAUUCCUGAGGUUUCCAAACCGGAAGAGGUUUCUCCUGAAGAGGUAACUGUUGAGGAGGUAGAAGCAGUUCCUGAAGAGAAACCCAAGCUUCCAAUUGUCAAACUUGACGUUGAAGCAGUAACAGAGGAAAAGGCUGAGACAGAAGUAGCAUUCAAGGUCAAGCCUCGUGUCAAAGAAGAAGUGGUUCUUCCAGUUACCACUGAGCUUGAGGAAAUCUCCAUAGAAAUUGUCCCAGAAGAAGAAACCAAACCAGAGGAAGUUCCUGAAAGGAAACCAGCCUUCACUGUGAGUUCUGAAGAGGAGGUCACCAAGGUUCCAAAAGCUAAAGUGUCUGUGAAGGCUGUAACUGAGGAGCAGGUGGAUUCAGCAGUUACUGCCAAGUUUAAGCCUCGCAAAGAAGAAGAGGUUGAAGUGCAAGCUGCUUUCAAGAGGCCAGAAGAGGAAGAAAUCUCUGAGGCUGUUCCCAUCGAAGAAGAAGCUGCUCCUAAGCCUGCGACAACCUUUGCUGAAGAAAUUGCCCCAUCUGAGGUGACUCUUGAUGUAUCUGAGAAGCCAGUAACAAUCAGAGGCAUGCCUGAGAAGGAGGUCCUCCCAGAGGAGCUUCUAGAAGCAGAGGCUUUGCCUGAAGAAACAGUUGAGAAACAUGAGGCAGAUGAGGUGGUUGUGGAAGAAGAGGAGAAGGUGGAAGAGUUGCCUAUUGCACCUGUUAUCACUGACCAAUUCAAGAGCAAGAGUACCAAGGAAGGGAAGCCAGUGAAAUUCACUUGCACAGUGACUGGAACACCGAAGCCUGAGGUCAAGUGGUUCCUAAACAAAGAUCUUCUUGAAGCAAGCACUCAUUUCAUCCAAACCUUUGAAGAAGAUGUAGCCACACUGACAAUUGAACACCCUAAACCCAAGGACACUGGUGAAUACAAGUGUGUGGUCAUCAGUAGUGCAGGGGAAGAUGUCUGCACUGCCAAACUGACUGUGACAGAGGUCAGAAGAGGCCCAUCAUUUGUUGAGAAGCCAGAGGUUGAGGAUACGCCUGAAGGAACUGAGGCCAUCUUCCGAUGCAAGGUUGAUGGUUUCCCCAAACCCACAGUGACUUGGAACAAAGGUUGGAAACAGAUCACAACAGGAGGAAAAUUCACCAUUACCUUCGACGAGGACACUGAGGAAAGUGUCUUGACCAUCAAGGAUACAACACCCUCCGAUGCUGGGAAGUACACUUGCUAUCUUAAGAACCCUCUUGGACAGGAGACCUCCUCUUUGAGUCUUAAAGUCACUCCUAAGCCAGAAGAGAAACCCAAGGAGGAAGAAAUCACUCCCAAACCAGAAGAGAAGCCUGAAGAGGAAGCACCAGUCCAGGAGGUUGAGCAAGUUGAAGAGAUUCCUGAGGUUUCCAAACCGGAAGAGGUUUCUCCUGAAGAGGUAACUUUUGAGGAGGUAGAAGCAGUUCCUGAAGAGAAACCCAAGGUUCCAAUUGCCAAACUUGACGUUGAAGCAGUAACAGAGGAAAAGGCUGAGACAGAAGUAGCAUUCAAGGUCAAGCCUCAUGUCAAAGAAGAAGUGGUUCUUCCAGUUACCACUGAGUUUGAGGAAAUCUCAAUAGAAGUUGUCCCAGAAGAGGAAACCAAACCAGAGGAAGUUCCUGAGAGGAAACCAGCCUUUACUGUGAGUUCUGAAGAGGAGGUCACCAAGGUUCCAAAAGCUAAAGUGUCUGUGAAGGCUGUAACUGAGGAGCAGGUGGAUUCAGCAGUAACUGCCAAAUUUAAGCCUCGAAAAGAGGAAGAGGUUGAAGUGCAAGCUGCUUUCAAGAGGCCAGAAGAGGAAGAAAUCCCGGAGGCUAUUCCCAUCGAAGAAGAAGCUGCUCCUAAGCCUGCGACAACCUUUGCUGAAGAAAUUGCCCCAUCUGAGGUGACUCUUGAUGUAUCUGAGAAGCCAGUAACAAUCAGAGGCAUGCCUGAGAAGGAGGUCCUCCCAGAGGAGCUUCUAGAAGCAGAGGCUUUCCCUGAAGAAAAAGUUGAGAAACAUGAGGCAGUUGAGAUGGUUGUGGAAGAAGAGGAGAAGGUGGAAGAGUUGCCUAUUGCACCUGUCAUCACUGACCAAUUCAAGAGCAAGAGUACCAAGGAAGGGAAGCCAGUGAAAUUCACUUGUACAGUGACUGGAAAACCGAAGCCUGAGGUCAAGUGGUUCCUAAACAAAGAACUUCUUGAAGCAAGCACUCAUUUCAUCCAAACCUUUGAGGAAGAUGUAGCCACACUGACAAUUGAACACCCUAAACCCAAGGACACUGGUGAAUACAAGUGUGUGGUCAUCAGUACUGCAGGGGAAGAUGUCUGCACUGCCAAACUGACUGUGACAGAGGUAAGAAGGGGCCCAUCAUUUGUCGAGAAACCAGAAGUUGAAGAUACGCCUGAAGGAACGGAGGCCAUCUUCCGAUGCAAGGUUGACGGGUUCCCCCAACCCACAAUUACUUGGAACAAAGGAUGGAAACAGAUCACAACGGGAGGAAAAUUUACCAUUACCUUCGACGAGGACACUGAGGAAAGUGUCUUGACCAUCAAGGAUACAACACCCUCCGAUGCUGGGAAGUAUACUUGCUUUCUUAAGAACCCUCUUGGACAGGAGACUUCCUCUGUGAGUCUUAAAGUCACUCCUAAGCCAGAAGAGAAACCCAAGGAGGAAGAAAUCACUCCCAAACCAGAAGAAAAGCCUGAAGAGGAAGCACCAGUCCAGGAGGUUGAGCAAGUUGAAGAGAUUCCGGAAGAGAAACCAGAAGAGGUUUCUCCUGAAGAGGUUACUGUUGAGGAGGUAGAAGCAGUUCCUGAAGAGAAACCUAAGGUUCCAAUUGCCAAACUUGACGUUGAAGCAGUAACAGAGGAAAAGGCUGAGACAGAAGUAGCAUUCAAGGUCAAGCCUCGUGUCAAAGAAGAAGUGGUUCUUCCAGUUACCACUGAGCUUGAGGAAAUCUCCAUAGAAGUUGUCCCAGAAGAGGAAACCAAACCAGAGGAAGUUCCUGAAAGGAAACCAGCCUUCACUGUGAGUUCUGAAGAGGAGGUCACCAAGGUUCCAAAAGCUAAAGUGUCUGUGAAGGCUGUAACUGAGGAGCAGGUGGAUUCAGCAGUUGCUGCCAAGUUUAAGCCUCGCAAAGAGGAAGAGAUUGAAGUGCAAGCUGCUUUCAAGAAGCCUGAAGAGCAAGAAUUCCCUGAAGCUGUUUCAAUCGAAGAAGAAGCUGCUCCUAAGCCCAAGAUAACCUUCACCGAAGAGGAACUUCCUUAUGCUGCUCCAGCCUAUCCAGAAAUGUUGGAAACUCUUCCAGAGGAAGAACUAGAGACCGCCAUCACUAAACGUAUCCGUCAACCAACAGAUGAAGCAGAUGUGCUUCCAUCCACAGAGGAGGUUGUUCCUAUGGAAGCUACUCCUCAGUUCGCUCCUACUGAAGUCUUGGAUAUCUCUGAGAAAAAGCCAGAGAAGAUCAGAGGUUUGCCGGAGAAGGAAGUUAUGCCUCUAGAACUUGAGGAGGUGGAAGCUAUACUAGAAGAGACACCAGAGACGUUGGAGGCUGUCACUACCAUCAUUGAAGAAGAGGAGAAGGUUGAGGAGCUUCCUAUUGCACCUGUCAUCCUCCACAAAAUCAAGGACAAGAAUGUGAAAGAAGGAACACCUAUGAAAUUCACAUGUACUGCAACUGGGCAACCCGAGCCGGAGGUCAAGUGGUUCAGGGAUGGAACGCUCCUCAAACCAUCGAGCGAAAACAUCCAGACUUUUGAAGCUGACACUGCCAUCUUGUCGCUACCCAAACCCAAACCUAGGGAUGCUGGGGAAUACAAGUGUGUGGUCAUCAAUCCAUCAGGAGAAGACUACUGCACUGCUAAGCUGACUGUCCAAGAAGUGAGAAAAUCUCCUAAAUUUGAGGAAAAACCAACAGUGCCAAGCACACCUGAAGGUACUGAUGCCACUUUCCGCUGUAAAGUGGAAGGUUUUCCUAAACCUGAGGUCACGUGGACCAAAGGCUGGAAGCAGCUCACACCAGGAGCUAAGAUUGACGUCAGCUUUGAUGAUACAACCCAAGAGAGUGUACUAACCAUCAAGGAUGUGAAGCCAACUGAUGCCGGCAAGUACACAUGUAAGCUGAAGAAUCAAUUGGGAGAGGAGAAGGCUGACGUCAGUUUGGUGGUCACACCGAAACCCAAGGAAGAGGUCAAGGUACCAGAGAAGCCUGAGGUCAAAGUUGUAAAGAAACCGGAAGAAAAAGCCGAACCGCUGCCCACUGAGGAAGUCAAGCCAUCCAAACCGGAGGAGAUUCCUACUGAGGUGACUCCAGAGAAGAUCGUUCCUGUCAGCAAGCCUGAGGUAGAAGCAGCACCAGUCAAAGAACCAGAAGGCCCUGCCAAAUUCGUGGCCAAACCCGGAGCCUUUGUCGAGUCCAUCGAAGACGAGGAAGCCAUCAUCACGUACGAGAUCAGCGACGAACUGACCGAUGUCAAGUGGUUCAAAGAAGGGGAGGAGAUCCAACCAGGGGAGAAGUUUGAGUUCAAGAGGGAAGGCCGACGGCGCUCGCUGAUCAUCAAGGACGCAACUCUUGAAGACAAAGCCAGGUAUAUGUGUCUGCUGCCAGAGGACAAAGCAGGGACAAAACUCUUUGUGAAAGAAACUGUCCACAUCAUAAACAUCCCCGAAGAGACCACCAUAAAGGAAGCUGAAAAGGGCAUCCUGGAGGUAGAAUUCAACAAAGACGUCUCCCGCAAGAGAGUCACCUUCUUCAAGGACGGUAAAGAGCUCAAGUCCAGCAAGAAGUAUAAGAUUGUCCGGAAGGGUACCACGGCCACAUUGACCAUCAACGACGUCUUACCGGAAGAUGCUGGGGAAUAUACUGUCACAGCGGAGGAGGUGAAGGCGACAGUGAGGAUGUUUGUUGACGAGAAGCCAAAACCAAAUCCACCGAUCUUUGUCCAGGUGCCUAAGGCUCUGGAUGUCACUGAAGGUGAAACUGCCACGUUCCGUUUAAAAGUUGGUGGCACCCCUACCCCAACCGUCCAGUGGUUCAAGGGAUGGCGUGAGAUCACACCCGGUGACGAAUUCUCCAUGACUUACGACGAGGAAACAGAUGAGCAUCGGUUCACCAUUCACUCUGUCAGCACGAAAGAUGCCGGCAAGUACCAAUGUCAGCUGAGUAGCGAGAACGGCAAGACCAAAUAUGGUGUCUCCUUGAUGGUGCAAGAGAAACCUGCAGAGGAGGUUCCAUUCAAUAUUCCACUCAAAAGACGGCCGUCCCAGGAGCUCAGAGCACAGCAAGAGAUUGACAUCAUGGAGCUCCUGCGAAGUGUGGAGCCCAAGGACUACGAGAAAGUGCUGCGUGAAGCUGGGGUCUAUGACUUCCGAGCCAUUCUCAAGCAGCUCAAGAUGAUGCAGAAGAAAUUGGAAAUCGAAGAGGAACCAGAAUAUGAGGAGCUGCCGGAGGAGGAACUCAUACCAGAAAUGGAAGCAUACCAGAUGGAGUCGCCCAUGUUUUCUGCUGGACCCCUUGUUGAACCACCAAAAGAAUUGCCCAAGAUCCUUAAGGAUCUCCAGAGUCAGAGAGGCGAUGAGUCUGAAGACGUUGAAUUCACCUGUGAGCUGACCGAUGACCUCCCGGAGGACCUUGAGGUCACCUGGUUCAAGGCAGGCACUGAGAUUGAGCCUAGUGAAAAGUAUGAAGUCAAGAAGGACAACAGGAGAUUGUCGCUGGUCGUUCAUGACUUGAAGAAGGAAGACCAGGCAGCCUACACGGUGAUGAUUGGAGAAAGACGAUCUUCAGCAACACUUCAAGUCAAAGGUUUCACCGUCACUCCACUGCAUGACACAAAAGCGACCGAAUUUGACCAAACCGCCACGUUUGACUGCACAGUCUCCAGUGAGAAGGCUGUAGUGACGUGGCUCAAGGACGGCGAGAGGAUCGAAGCCGGUCCUAAAUAUGAGAUAAAAGAGGACGGCAAGAAACGAGUGCUCGUCGUUCAUGAUAUCUCACCAGAAGACAAAGGGAACUUCAGCUGUGUCGUUGGCGACGCUGAGUCCAUGGCCACACUGGAUGUUGAAGCCACCAAGAUUACCAAACCACUGAAAGAAACCGAGACCCCGGAAAAGGAGACGGUCACCAUCACCUGUGAGAUAUCACAUGAGAAAGGUGUCGUCAAGUGGCUUAAAGAUGGUAAAGAGCUCCCAGACAGUCCACGGUUUAAGCCCAAGGCUGAGGGUAAGAUUCGAUCCCUGGUGAUCGAGGACGUUCAGCGGGAUGAUGAGGGAGAUUACACGUGUGUCGUUGGUGACGACAAGACUACGGCUGGACUCUUUGUCGAGCCACCACCAGUUGAGUUCCUGACCGAAUUAACACCGAUCACAGUCACAGAGAGGCAGACGGCCGAGUUCAUCUGUGAAGUCUCAGACGAGAAAGCCGAGGUGACCUGGCUGAGAGAUGGCAAGCCCAUUGAGCCGAGCGACAAGUAUCUCAUCGUCAAACGGGGACGAGAACGUCGCCUCUCUGUCACAAACACCGAGUUUCCUGAUGAAUCUGAUUAUACUUGCGUCAUUGGGGAUCGAAAGACUUCAGCUGAGCUCUUGGUUGAUGAAGCCGAACCGGAAAUCACCGUCUCCAUGCAAGACGUCAAGGUGUCCGAGGAUCAAGAAGCAACCUUUGUCUGCGAGCUCGACAAGGAUACCUCUGAUGUCGUCUGGCUCAAGAACGGCAAGAAGAUUGAGGAGGAUGAUACCAAGUUUGAAGUCCAGCGCAAGGGCCGCCGACACUCGCUGAUUGUCAAAGACAUUGGUUUGGAGGACGCUGCCAACUACACAUGUAAGGUUGGCAGGAAGGAGAGUUCAGCAUCGCUUAUUGUGGAAGAGAAACCCAUAGAGUUCACUGAGCCCCUCCAAGCCCUCCAAGCAAGCCCCGGUGACACUUCCACCUUUGAGUGCACGCUCAACAAAGACAACGUCGACGUGGUCUGGAUGAGAAACGGCAAGGAGAUCAAACCGACCGAUCACUUUGUGAUCAAGAAGGACGGGAAACAUCAUCAGCUGACGGUCAAAGGUGUUCAGUUUGAUGACGACGCCGAAUACACUGUGAAGGUCAAGGAUGUGGAGUCCAAAUCAUCCCUGGUUGUACAAGCUGCACCAAAGAUAGAAAUCGACACCGACAAACUGAACAUCACCGUCAAAGCUGGCACUAAGAUCGUUGUAGAAGCCACUGUGAUUGGCUCACCUGUACCUACCACAACCUGGUCCAAAGAUGAAAUUGAACUUCAUCCAGACAAGCGUAUCACCAUGACAACAGAGAACACUGUGAGGGCAAAGGUCAAACUGACCAUUGACAAAUCAGAGAGGACGGAUCUGGGAGAGUAUACAAUCACUGCAGCCAAUGAUCUUGGCUCGGAUACAGUUACUGUCAAAGUCAUAGUCCUUGACAAACCUCAACCUCCCAAUAACCUCCGAAUCACCAGCAUCACUCCUGUGACUAUCUCACUCAUCUGGGAGCCCCCUGAAGAUGACGGAGGCAGCCCAAUCACAGAAUACAUCAUCGAGAAGAGAGACAUGAAACGGGCGACAUGGUCCAAAGCGGGAACCACAACCUCCACAGAGCUAGAAUUUACAGUUAGUAAGCUCUUGGAAGGCAAUGAGUACCUGUUCCGUGUCAGCGCUGUGAACAAACACGGGCAGAGCGAACCAAGGUUGCUUGGAUCGCCCGUUGUUGCCAAGCAUCAAUUUGACGUCCCACACCCGCCAUCUAAGCCACAAAUCUCAGACAUCGACUCGAGCAAAAUGACAGUCACCUGGUCUCCUCCUGAAUUCAAUGGAGGCAGUGAGAUCACCGGUUACGUUCUCGAGAGACAAGAGGUCGGCCGCGACCGCUGGGUCAAAGUUAACAAGGUCGCACUGACUGACACGACCUUCACCUGUACUGAUUUGAUUGAAGGGAAGGAGUAUAUAUUCCGAGUUGUGGCCGAGAAUAAAGCUGGUUUGAGUAAACCAAGCGAGCCGUCAGACACUCACAUGGCUAAACCACCCUAUGAUGUCCCGGGGGCGCCCAGCAAACCGAAACCAGAGAACAUUGACGCUACUACCAUCUCCAUCACAUGGAACCCGCCUGAAUCUGAUGGUGGCUCCCCUGUGACUGGAUACAUCAUUGAAAGAUGUGAUGUCAGCCGUGGUCGCUGGGUGAGAGCCAAUCGGGAGAAAGUGACAGAACUCACAUUCAAAGUCACAGAUCUGGUGGAGGGCAACAAGUAUCAAUUCCGAGUUUCUGCAGAGAAUCUAGCAGGUGUCAGCAAACCAAGCGAACCCUCUGAUACCAUUGUGGCUAAACUGCCUUACGACGUCCCUGGAGCUCCAGAGAGACCAACUGUCAGUGACAUUGACAGCACUCAGAUGACAGUCACCUGGUCACCGCCAUCGGUUGACGGUGGUAGCCCCGUCACAGGUUACAUCUUGGAACGCAAGGAGAAGACCUCAUCAAGGUGGACCAAGGUGACAAAGGAACCUGUCACAGAGACAACGUUGACAGUCAAAGAUCUGAUUGAAGGCAAGGAGUAUGAGUUCCGUGUAGCUGCCAUCAACAAGGCUGGAACAGGACCAUUCAGUGAGCCAUCAGAACCAAGAAUCACGAAACCACCAUAUGAUGUUCCAGGUGCACCAGAGCAACCUACCGUCAGUGACAUCGACAGCAAUCAAAUGACUGUCACAUGGGAAACGCCCUCUAGUGAUGGUGGAAGUCCAAUCACCGGCUACAUCCUGGAACGCAAGGAGAAAACGUCCACCAGAUGGACACGGGUUACCAAGGAGACCAUCACCGAGACAACGCUGACCGUCAAAGAUCUGAACGAGGGCAAGGAGUACGAGUUCCAUGUGGCUGCCGUCAAUAAGGCCGGGACAGGACCAUUCAGUAAACCAUCAGACCUGCAAAAGGCAAAAGCACCUUACGAUGUGCCAGGCCCUCCGGACAUACCCACUGUCUCCGACAUCGACAGCACAAAGAUGACCGUCACAUGGACAGUGCCCUCUACAGACGGUGGUAGUCCAGUCACCGGCUACAUACCGGAACGCAAGGACAAGACGUCCACGCGAUGGAUGAGAGUCACGAAGGAACCGAUCACGGAGACAACAUUGAUUGUCAAGGAUCUGAUUGAAGGCAAGGAGUAUGAGUUCCAUGUGGCUGCUGUCAACAAGGCUGGAACUGGGCCAUUCAGUGAGCCGUCUCAACCACAGAAAGCCAAACCGCCAUACGAUGUUCCUGGAGCACCUGAGAAGCCAGAAGUGACAGCUGUCGACAGAACACAGAUCACCAUCUCCUGGUCAACUCCAGAAUCUGACGGUGGUAGUCCAAUCACUGGCUACAUCAUUGAGAAGAAAGAUACCUCGUCAACAAGAUGGACAAAAGCUCACAGAGACUCAGUCACUGAGACAACACUGACAGUCAAAGAUCUGAUUGAAGGCAAGGAGUAUGAGUUCCGUGUAGCUGCUGUCAACAAGGCUGGAACAGGACCAUUCAGUGCUCCAUCAGAACCGAGAAUCACAAAACCACCAUAUGAUGUUCCUGGUGCACCUGAGAAGCCAGAAGUGACAGCUGUCGACAGAACACAGAUCACCAUCUCCUGGUCACCUCCAGAAUCUGACGGUGGUAGUCCAAUCACUGGCUACAUCAUUGAGAAGAAAGACACCUCCUCAACAAGAUGGACAAAAGCUCACAGAGACUCAGUCACCGAGACAACACUGACAGUCAAAGAUCUGAUUGAGGGCAAGGAGUAUGAGUUCCGUGUAGCUGCUGUCAACAAGGCUGGAACAGGACCAUUCAGUGCUCCGUCAGAACCAAGAAUCACAAAACCACCAUAUGAUGUUCCUGGUGCACCCGAGAAGCCUGAAGUGACAGCUGUCGACAGAACACAGAUCACCAUCUCCUGGUCACCUCCAGAAUCUGACGGUGGUAGUCCAAUCACUGGCUACAUCAUUGAGAAGAAGGACACCUCCUCAACAAGAUGGACAAAAGCUCACAGAGACUCAGUCACAGAGACAACACUGACAGUCAAAGAUCUGAUUGAAGGCAAGGAGUAUGAGUUCCAUGUAGCUGCUGUCAACAAGGCUGGAACAGGACCAUUCAGUGCUCCAUCAGAACCGAGAAUCACGAAACCACCAUAUGAUGUUCCUGGUGUACCCGAGAAGCCUGAAGUAACAGCUGUCGACAGAACACAGAUCACCAUCUCCUGGUCACCUCCAGAAUCUGACGGUGGUAGUCCAAUCACUGGCUACAUCAUUGAGAAAAAAGACACCUCCUCAACAAGAUGGACAAAAGCUCACAGAGACUCGGUCACCGAGACAACAUUGACAGUCAAAGAUCUGAUUGAAGGCAAGGAGUAUGAGUUCCGUGUAGCUGCUGUCAACAAGGCUGGAACAGGACCAUUCAGUGCUCCAUCGGAACCAAGAGUCACAAAACCACCAUAUGAUGUACCUGGAGCUCCUGAGAAGCCUGAAGUGACAGCUGUCGACAGAACACAGAUCACUAUCUCCUGGUCACCUCCAGAAUCCGACGGUGGUAGUCCAGUCACUGGCUACAUCAUUGAGAAGAAAGACACCUCAUCAACAAGAUGGACAAAAGCUCACAGAGACUCAGUCUCAGAGACAACACUGACAGUCAAAGAUCUGAUUGAAGGCAAGGAGUAUGAGUUCCAUGUAGCUGCUGUCAACAAGGCUGGAACAGGACCAUUCAGUGCUCCAUCAGAACCAAGAAUCACAAAACCACCAUAUGAUGUUCCUGGAACACCUGAGAAGCCUGAAGUGACAGCUGUCGACAGAACACAGAUCACCAUCUCCUGGUCACCUCCAGAAUCUGACGGUGGUAGUCCAAUCACUGGCUACAUCAUUGAGAAGAAGGACACCUCCUCAACAAGAUGGACAAAAGCUCACAGAGACUCAGUCACCGAGACAACACUGACAGUCAAAGAUCUGAUUGAAGGCAAGGAGUACGCAUUCCAUGUAGCUGCUGUCAACAAAGCUGGAACAGGACCAUUCAGUGCUCCAUCGGAACCAAGAAUUACAAAACCACCUUAUGAUGUUCCUGGAGCACCUGAAAAGCCUGAAGAAACGGCAGUCGACAGAACACAGAUCUCCAUCUCCUGGUCACCUCCAGAAUCUGACGGUGGUAAUCCAGUCACUGGCUACAUUAUCGAGAAGAAAGAGACCUCCUCAACAAGAUGGACAAAAGCUCACAGAGACUCAGUCACAGAGACAACACUGACGGUCAAGGAUCUGAUUGAAGGCAAUGAGUAUGAGUUCCGUGUAGCUGCUGUCAACAAGGCUGGGACAGGACCAUUCAGUGCUCCAUCAGAACCAAGAAUCACAAAACCACCAUAUGAUGUUCCUGGAGCACCUGAGAAGCCUGAAGUGACAGCUGUCGACAGAACACAGAUCACCAUCUCCUGGUCACCUCCAGAAUCUGACGGUGGUAGUCCAAUCACUGGCUACAUCAUUGAGAAGAAAGACACUUCCUCAACAAGAUGGACAAAAGGUCAUAGAGACUCAGUCUCAGAGACAACACUGACAGUCAAAGAUCUGAUUGAAGGCAAGGAGUAUGAGUUCCGUGUAGCUGCUGUCAACAAGGCUGGAACAGGACCAUUCAGUGCUCCAUCAGAACCAAAAAUCACAAAACCACCAUAUGAUGUUCCUGGUGCACCUGAGAAGCCAGAAGUGACAGCUGUCGACAGAACACAGAUCACCAUCUCCUGGUCACCUCCAGAAUCUGACGGUGGUAGUCCAAUCACUGGCUACAUCAUUGAGAAGAAGGACACCUCCUCAACAAGAUGGACAAAAGCUCACAGAGACUCAGUCACCGAGACAACACUGACAGUCAAAGAUCUGAUUGAAGGCAAGGAGUACGCAUUCCAUGUAGCUGCUGUCAACAAAGCUGGAACAGGACCAUUCAGUGCUCCAUCGGAACCAAGAAUUACAAAACCACCUUAUGAUGUUCCUGGAGCACCUGAAAAGCCUGAAGUGACGGCAGUCGACAGAACACAGAUCUCAAUCUCCUGGUCACCUCCAGAAUCUGACGGUGGUAAUCCAGUCACUGGCUACAUUAUCGAGAAGAAAGAGACCUCCUCAACAAGAUGGACAAAAGCUCACAGAGACUCAGUCACAGAGACAACACUGACGGUCAAGGAUCUGAUUGAAGGCAAUGAGUAUGAGUUCCGUGUAGCUGCUGUCAACAAGGCUGGAACAGGACCAUUCAGUGCUCCAUCAGAACCAAGAAUCACAAAACCACCAUAUGAUGUUCCUGGAGCACCUGAGAAGCCUGAAGUGACAGCUGUCGACAGAACACAGAUCACCAUCUCCUGGUCACCUCCAGAAUCUGACGGUGGUAGUCCAAUCACUGGCUACAUCAUUGAGAAGAAAGACACCUCCUCAACAAGAUGGACAAAAGGUCAUAGAGACUCAGUCUCAAAGACAACACUGACAGUCAAAGAUCUGAUUGAAGGCAAGGAGUAUGAGUUCCAUGUAGCUGCUGUCAACAAGGCUGGAACAGGACCAUUCAGUGCUCCAUCAGAACCAAGAAUCACAAAACCACCAUAUGAUGUUCCUGGAGCACCUGAGAAGCCAGAAGUCACAGCUGUCGACAGAACACAGAUCACCAUCUCCUGGUCACCUCCAGAAUCCGACGGUGGUAGUGCAAUCACUGGCUACAUCAUUGAGAAGAAGGACACCUCCUCAACAAGAUGGACAAAAGCUCACAGACACUCGGUCACCGAGACAACACUGACAGUCAAAGAUCUGAUUGAAGGCAAGGAGUACGCGUUCCAUGUAGCUGCUGUCAACAAGGCUGGAACAGGACAAUUCAGUGCUCCAUCAGAACCAAGAAUCACAAAACCACCAUAUGAUGUUCCAGGUGCACCUGAAAAGCCUGACGUGACAGCAGUCGACAGCACACAUAUCUCUACCUCCUGGUCACCUCCAGAAUCUGACGGCGGUAGUCCAAUCACUGGCUACAUCAUUGAGAAGAAAGAGACCUCCUCAACAAGAUGGACAAAAGCUCACAGAGACUCAGUCACAGAGACAAGCUUGACAGUCAAGGAUCUGAUUGAAGGCAAGGAGUAUGAGUUCCAUGUAGCUGCUGUCAACAAGGCUGGAACAGGACCAUUCAGUGCUCCAUCAGAACCAAGAAUCACAAAACCACCAUAUGAUGUUCCUGGAGCACCUGAGAAGCCUGAAGUGACAGCUGUCGACAGAACACAGAUCACCAUCUCCUGGUCACCUCCAGAAUCUGACGGUGGUAGUCCAAUCACUGGCUACAUCAUUGAGAAGAAAGACACCUCCUCAACAAGAUGGACAAAAGCUCAUAGAGACUCAGUCUCAAAGACAACACUGACAGUGAAAGAUCUGAUUGAAGGCAAGGAGUAUGAGUUCCGUGUAGCUGCUGUCAACAAGGCUGGAACAGGACCAUUCAGUGCUCCAUCAGAACCAAGAAUCACAAAACCACCAUAUGAUGUUCCUGGAGCACCUGAGAAGCCAAAAGUGACAGCUGUCGACAGAACACAGAUCACCAUCUCCUGGUCACCUCCAGAAUCUGACGGUGGUAGUCCAAUCACUGGCUACAUCAUUGAGAAGAAAGACACCUCCUCAACAAGAUGGACAAAAGCUCACAGAGACUCAGUCACUGAGACAACACUGACAGUCAAAGAUCUGAUUGAAGGCAAGGAGUAUGAGUUCCAUGUAGCUGCCGUCAACAAGGCUGGCACAGGACCAUUCAGCGCUCCGUCAGAACCAAGAAUCACAAAACCACCAUAUGAUGUUCCUGGUGCACCUGAAAAGCCUGAAGUGAUAGCAGUCGACAAAACACAGAUCACCAUCUCCUGGUCACCUUCAGAAUCUGACGGUGGUAGUCCAAUAACUGGCUACAUCAUUGAGAAGAAAGAGACCUCCUCAACAAGAUGGACAAAAGCUCACAGAGACUCAGUCACAGGGACAACCUUGACGGUCAAAGAUCUGAUUGAAGGCAAUGAGUAUGAGUUCCGUGUAGCUGCUGUCAACAAGGCUGGAACAGGACCAUUCAGUGCUCCAUCAGAACCAAGAAUCACAAAACCACCAUAUGAUGUCCCUGGAGCACCUGAGAAGCCUGAAGUGACAGCUGUCGACCGAACACAGAUCACCAUCUCCUGGUCACCUCCAGAAUCUGACGGUGGUAGUCCAAUCACUGGCUACGUCAUUGAGAAAAAAGAUACCUCCUCAACAAGAUGGACAAAAGCUCACAGAGAAUCAGUCACCGAGACAACUCUGACAGUCAAAGAUCUGAUUGAAGGCAAGGAGUAUGAAUUCCGUGUAGCUGCUGUCAACAAGGCUGGAACAGGACCAUUCAGUGCUCCAUCGAAGCCAAGAAUCACGAAACCACCCUAUGAUGCUCCUGGAGCUCCUGAGAAGCCUGAAGUGACAGCCGUCGACAAAACACAGAUCACCAUCUCCUGGUCACCUCCAGAAUCUGACGGUGGUAGCCCAAUCACUGGCUACAUCAUUGAGAAGAAAGACACCUCCUCAACAAGAUGGACAAAAGCUCACAGAGACUCAGUCACAGAGACAACACUGACAGUGAAAGAUCUGAUUGAAGGCAAGGAGUAUGAGUUCCGUGUAGCUGCUGUCAACAAGGCUGGCACAGGACCAUUCAGCGCUCCGUCAGAACCAAGAAUCACAAAACCACCAUAUGAUGUUCCUGGUGCACCUGAAAAGCCUGAAGUGACAGCAGUCGACAAAACACAGAUCACCAUCUCCUGGUCACCUCCAGAAUCUGACGGUGGUAGUCCAAUAACUGGCUACAUCAUUGAGAAGAAAGAGACCUCCUCAACAAGAUGGACAAAAGCGCAC